AUGGGUCACGUUAAACAGAAGAAGUCGAGAAGCAGAAGCUCUUCGACACCAUCAGAGCAAGUGGGAAUUGAGUUGGUGAAUGCCAAAGAAACAUUUCCACGAUCAAGCGAAAGGCCACCAAAAUCAGCAUAUCCAGAACAGCUCAAUGUGGGAGAACUGAUAAGCCAAAUUAAUUGCCGCACUAGUUCUAAUGAGAUAAGAAAUGAUAGUAAUAAUAACAGCAAUAGAAAUAAUAACACAACACAUCAAACUAACCGCCAAAUUUGUCAAUCGGAAAGUGAAAUCAUUGAUGAUGUUGAAAAGGGCCCAUCAAUGCGUCACCAUCGACAAAAACCACUUUAUCGGCGUCUCAUUGCAUUUGUAAGAAAUCUUUGGAUUGGUGCUAAAUUCAACGUUGGAAGCGAUGGUAAGAAACUUCUUACUUUUUACUUUUCAAAUUAA